UCUAGUAAAAAUAAAAACAAAUGCUGACCGUCUGAAGCACUCUGCCCAUUGCAUAAUGCCUCAACAGCCACUUACAAAGAGCGUACAAUAAUAAUUCUCGUAUUACCAAUUCAUUGUGUAAAAAGUUCGUGUUAAGAUCAUUACAAGUUUCCGUUAAAAGUGUGAUAAUUGCAAAAAGAAAUACUCACAGUUGAACAAAACAAUUUAUUCAACAAAGCAAAGGAUAAAGUCAAUAAAAGAAAGAAAUAAUAAACGCUGCAGAUAUAAAUAUUUGUAAAUAUUUCACCAAAAUGCACUCUUUACGUUACGCUCGUUCAUACACUCCAACAUUUUUGCGAGCUUUUACCGCUGCCAUCUCGAACAACGCUGGGAUGGCCAACAAAAUUCGCGCUGGUCCCGUUGUGGACAUUCUCGGCGAUGAAAUGACCCGCAUUAUUUGGUCCUCGAUUAAGGACAAAUUAAUUUUGCCUUUCCUCGACAUCGAGUUGCAUACCUACGAUCUUGGCAUGGAAUAUCGUGACAAAACUGAAGAUCAGGUCACAAUCGAUUGCGCUGAAGCGAUUAAGAAAUACAACGUGGGUAUUAAGUGUGCCACCAUCACUCCCGAUGAGAAACGUGUGGAGGAAUUCAACCUGAAGAAAAUGUGGAAAUCACCCAAUGGCACCAUACGUAACAUUCUUGGCGGCACUGUUUUCCGUGAAGCUAUCGUCUGCAAGAAUAUUCCACGCUUGGUUUCUGGUUGGGAGAAGCCUAUUGUUAUUGGCCGUCACGCGCACGGUGAUCAGUACAAAGCUACAGAUUUUGUAGUACCUGGUGCUGGUACAUUGACUCUCACUUUCAAGCCAAGCGAUGGUGGUGAAACCAUUUCACAUGAAGUAUACCAAUAUAAAGGCUCUGGCGUCGCCAUGGGUAUGUUCAAUACAGACGAUUCCAUUGUUGAUUUCGCGCACGCUUCUAUGAAGUAUGCGAUAUCACGAAAACUUCCUCUCUACUUGAGCACAAAAAAUACCAUUUUGAAGAAGUAUGAUGGCCGUUUCAAGGAUAUAUUCCAAGAUAUCUACGACAAGCAAUACAAGAAGGAAUUCGAGGCGCAAGGUAUCUGGUAUGAGCAUCGUCUGAUCGACGAUAUGGUUGCGUAUUGCAUGAAAUCAGAGGGCGGUUUUGUUUGGGCCUGCAAGAACUACGACGGUGAUGUACAAUCCGACUCAGUUGCUCAAGGUUUCGGCUCACUCGGUUUAAUGACAUCCGUACUAAUUUGCCCAGAUGGUAAGACUGUCGAGUCGGAGGCGGCACAUGGUACAGUGACACGUCACUAUCGUAUGUACCAACAAGGCAAAGAAACCUCAACCAACCCCAUCGCAUCGAUCUUCGCUUGGACCAGAGGCUUGUUGCAUCGUGCACAAUUGGACAAUAAUGAAAGCCUGAAGCAGUUUGCCGAAACGCUUGAGAAGGUGUGCGUAGAUACCAUCGAAUCGGGUAGCAUGACCAAAGAUUUGGCAAUCUGCAUCAAGGGCAUGAAUAAUGUGCAGCGUAGCGAUUACUUGGAAACAUUCGAAUUUAUGGAUAAGCUAGCAGAGAAUCUGCAAAAAGCACUUGCGAAGUGACUACCUGAUACAGAGCUGCGUUAUGCAAACGAAAGCCGUUCGCAUCUAUAAGAUGCAAGUGAUGGUUUUGUGGAAUGUAAAUGUGAAACUUAAUAAUGUUUAUGCCCAGUGUGUUAUAUAUUUUUUCACAUCACUAAAUUGUUUACAACUUCAAAAGAUCAAUAAAUGCUUUUAUAUUCAAUAAAUGUAUGUAGUACUUUGAACAA